CCCUCGACCAAGCCCGUGUCCCCCCCCCCCCCCUCUCUCUCACACCCCCCCUGCCCCCGUCCGCCCUUCCCAACCGCCACGAUACGCGCAGCGUAGUACGCACUACCCGUCGUCGACAUGCCCGCCGCAAAGGCCAACUCGUACCUCGCCGACCUGGAGCGCGACGGCUUCGUCGUCGUCAAGUCCAUCGUCAGCCAGGAGAAGCUCGAGGCCCUGCGCGAGGCCAGCCUCAAGGUCGAGAAGCUCGCCCGCAGCGGCCAGUGGCCUCACAUCCGCACCGUCGGCAAGCAGUUCCCGCCCUGGGAAUGGAACCCCGAAAAGGGCAUCUGGGGCGUCCAGCACCUCAUGAACCCUGACAUGCCCGGCAACGACAUCUACACCAGCCUCUACUUCUCCGACGAGGUCCUCAGCAUCGUCCGCGAGCUGCUUCAGUGCGACGACGAGCACCUCGUCAUGGAGCUCUUCAACAUGCUCGUCCGCCCCGACGGCCACUUCGAGCUGAGGUGGCACCGCGACGACAUCCCCGCCGAGGCCACCCCCGAGGAGGAGAUGGAGCGUCUGGGCCGCCCGGCCUUCCACGCCCAGUACAACUUUGCCCUGUGGGAGGACGACUCCCUCGUCCUCGUGCCCGGCUCCCACAAGCGCGCGCGCACCGAGACGGAGCGCAACGCCGACCCCUUCGAGAAGGUCCUGCCCGACCAGCUCAUCGUCAAGCUCGAGCCCGGCGACAUUGCCUUUUACAACAACAACAUCCUGCACCGUGGCGUCUACGACCACACCAAGGACCGCAUGACCCUGCACGGCUCGGUGGGCCACUCAGGUGGCAGCACGCUUCGCGCGCGCAACGUCCUCCAGCACGGCAUCGGCUCCUAUGUCGACAAGGUCGACUUUUCCAAGCUCAGCGACGCCGAGCGUGAGCGCGCCGAGGCCAUGCGCAAGCGACUGGUCAAGCUGGGAUCGGAAGCCGGCGACGUCGGUUAUUCGCUUCAGGGUUAGAGAGAGAGAGAGAUCCAAAUUGUAAAAGGGGCGGCUUGCGAAUGGAAGCGAUUUCCACCAGUCGUUCUCUUGCCAGCAUCGAAGAAGAGAGAUGUCCCAAUGAACUGCGUUUCCCAUUGUACAUUACGGAAUAUACACGCUAUGCGGACGAAAUCAUCAUUGCGACGCCCGAAACACUAUCGCGUGACCACAAUGUGAUAGGUUAUCGGUCCAACAGCCUGGCCCGAGCUUGUACGCGUUGCGGUCUCAUCCGCAUGCGUGGCAACUUUACAAUCAUGCGGCUCAGAAGCAUCGUCGGCGACGUGUACGAGUAGACCGCGUCUAGCUGCGCAUCGGUUAUGGGACGACCAGCUCGCGAUGGUGGUAUCACUUACUGUGUCUGGAAGGUCGACUGCCCUACCCGGCGGUUUGUGUCCUUACCGCCUGCCCUCCAUACAACAACGGCUAUUCAUAGGUGCUUCGUGAGACGUUCAUGCCGCAGAAGACGGAUCCGCUUUGGCCACGGACCUGAGGAGCAUGCCCACGAGCGUGGUGUUGGCAUGGGAUAGUUGACCGACGGCCACAACCCCCGUCAGGCAUUCUCAGCAUCGGAUGAUACUCACAAGGUGGG